AUGACCCGCGCGCAAGGACGGGAGAUGAUGCAGCAGGAUGAUGACUGCUGCUGCUGGACCGCAACGUGUUCCUUCGCUGCUCACCACGGGCGGUUGUCGUGCAUUUGCAGGAGGGCCGGGAAAGAGGGACAUGGGCCGCGGAGUCGGACCGGCGGAAAAGCCGGAGCCGCAUGCGGCGGGAGCGGCGGCUUCCGCGAGCUGUACGACAUGGACGCGGAAGACAACCUGGACUCCGCAGCCAUUCACAUCUGCAUGUGCUGCCGCUCCUCCGCGUGCUACUGGGGCUGCCGAUCCGCGUGCCUCGGGACCCUCGUCGGCCAGGCUCCAGGGGGGGUCGGGAUCCGCGAGACCCACUGUCCCCCCAGGGAGCAGCUGUGGGUGGACUGCCUCUGGAUCAUCCUGGCCCUCCUGGUCUUCUUCUGGGACGUGGGCACGGACCUGUGCCUCGCCAUGGAGUACUACCAGAGGCAGGACUACCUCUGGUUCGGCCUCACGCUCUUCUUCGUGCUGGUGCCCUCCGUGCUGGUCCAGAUUCUGAGUUUCAGAUGGUUCGUGCAGGACUACACGGGAGGGGGGCUCGGGGAGGUGGAGGGGCUGACCAAGAGGGGCGCGGUGGCUUUGGGGUGCCUUUAUCCCGGGAAGGACCGCCUGCAGCUGGCCACCAUUUGGCUGUGGCAGGCCACCAUACACAUCCUCCAGCUGGGACAAGUGUGGAGGUACAUCCGGACGCUGUACCUGGGCAUCAUGUCGCGGCGGCAGAAGGAGCAUCAGCGGCGCUGGUACUGGGCGAUGAUGUUCGAGUACGCAGACGUCAACAUGCUGCGGCUGCUGGAGACCUUCCUGGAGUCAGCGCCUCAGCUGGUUCUGCAGCUCUGCAUCAUGAUCCAGGAGAACCGGGCCGAGACGCUGCAGUGCAUCUCCUCCCUGGGCUCCCUCCUCUCUCUGGCCUGGGUCCUCGCCUCCUACCACAAGCUGCUGAGAGACUCUCGGGAUGAUCAGCGCUCCAUGAGUUAUCGCGGCGCCCUCCUGCACCUCUUCUGGCGCCUCUUCACCAUCUCGUCUCGCGUCCUCUCGCUCGCCCUCUUCGCCUCCCUCUUCCACAUCUACUUCGGCAUCUUCGUGGUGGUGCACUGGUGCGCCAUGGCCUUCUGGGUGGUGCACGGAGGCACCGACUUCUGCAUGUCCAAGUGGGAGGAGGUGCUGUUCAACAUGGUGGUGGGCAUCGUGUACAUCUUCUGCUGGUUCAACGUGAAGGAGGGACGCACUCGGCACAGGAUGGUGACGUACUACAUCGUGGUGCUUUUAGAAAACACCAUCCUCACAGGGCUGUGGUACGCCUACAGAGACCCGGCGCUGACCGACUCCUACGCGGUCCCAGCGUUGUGCGGCGUCUACCUGACCUUCGCUGGUGGUGUCCUGGUCAUGCUGCUUUACUACGGCUUCCUGCACCCGGCCACCGCUCAUCACCACCCGAGUCCCGCCUCUUCCUGCUGCGCUCAGCUUCUCUGGGGUCUCCCUUUGCCUCCAUCAGCUCCUCCCACCGCCCCGCCCACCCCAGCUCACAUGACCAAGUCCGAGACGGAAGAGGAAGUGGCCGAGUCGUGUCUUCCCGUCUUCCAGGUGAGGUCGGCGCCCAUCACCUCCAAACCAGAGGGCCCGCUGAUAAAGAUCGACAUGCCAAGGAAGCGUUACCCAGCGUGGGACGCUCACUACGUAGACAGGCGCCUGAGGAGGACUAUAAACAUCCUGCAGUACAUCACGCCGGCCGCAGUGGGCAUCCGAUACCGAGACGGACCCUUAAUGUACGAACUGUUGCAGUACGAGUCCUCCUUCUAACACAUCAGAAGCACCAUAAAAAGACACGUGGAUGUUGAGACUUAGAGGCACGCACAACGUCACACUUGAUGUAAGCACACAAACACAAAAGCAAUCACACUUUUAUGCACACACACGAACACAUUCCCCCACGGCCAUGACUCAGCGAUCUGCUUCAGCGCGAGUCCAUCUCUUCCCGUCUCUAUUCCCCUCUAAUCACUCUCCAUCUCGUUGGUUUGGUGUCACGCGUUCGCUCUCUCCGCUGUGAUCAAAAAACGACAAGAAGUUUUAAAAUAUGAGCGCAGUUCCACCCUUUGACCACCGCAUGCCGUUUACGUUGCGUCGCUCACACUUUCUCGGGUUUCAGGAGAAUACAAAGACGUAAUGAAAGAACAAACGUCACUUUGAAUAAAAAGCGUCUGUGAACAUGUUCUUAGUCUAGUCAAAAGGUAGUGUAUAUAUUUUCUAUGUGAAGAUCGGGAUGUUUUUUAUGUACCGUGGGACGCAUUGGGGUGGAGCAGAGCAUGAUGGGAAAGAUGGAGAAAGAGCGGGAAUUGGCAUUUAAACUAAAGCUGGGCUCAGAGAAUAGUGACACAUUUUGGGAAAAACCUACUAAUUCCUAUCCUAAAAUGAUGCUAACACUUAAGCGACACUAAAAAUGAGAAUAUGAGAAGUUGAAGCAGCUCAAAAUUUGACUAAAUAGCUCUAAAAGAAAAAGUAUAAUCCUAGCUCAAUUACACGCAACUCAAACAAAUGACAGUAUCGAUAAAGAAGUGGUUUCCUGCCUGAAAUAUAAAGUACAUUACAUUGGCUACAUGGUUAGAUAGAUGAGAUAUUGGACUCUCUCAACACCCUGUGCUAAAGGGUUAGCACGGAGCUAGAGAUCUACUGAGAACAGAUGAUGCUACGGGUCUUAUUGCUAAACAUGUACACUAGUCAAUGUGCCAAUCUCUUUCCAAUCACAACACAGCGGCAUCGUCAUCCCGUGUUCGUGG